UGUCAGUUUCUACACCACUUUGGAGUGGUGAGGGUGAGCGGGGGAGCAUACCAGUGCGAAAUUGCGUAUUGUGCUGCCUUCUAGGUUCUGACGAUUUCGCUGUCAGAAUGGAGUUUUAAAAAUUUCACACUAUGUGGACGUGUAUCAGAAGCAGCAAUUUCUUCUCGCCUCAAAUACGAUGCUCGGAUUCUAAACCAGGCCGUGGUUUUGGAGCAAACAAGGCCAACAACACUGACAAGGCCAACGAAGUCAAUACCUCGAGGGAUGGCAAAAGCCUGGUAUCGUCGCAAAGGCGAUCGACGUCUAAACAGUCUCCGCCUCUAUCAUCUCAGUUGUCCCUUCCAAGUUCUAGAAACAAUUCGUUGGAUCUUGAAUUUGAAGAACGACUAAAAGCAGUGAAAAGAUCAGCUCUUGAGCAAAAACAGGCGGAGGAGGAAAAACAAUUUGGUGCAAUUGACUAUGAUUCACCAAAUUCAGACAAGACCAUUGGCCUUGGUACCAAGAUUGGAGUAGGUGUGGCUGUCUUGGUUUUUGGUCUGGUAUUUGCUUUUGGAGAUUUUCUUCCAUCAGGAAGUGUGAGCCCCACUGAAGAAAAUGUGGUGGUCAACAAUAAGUUGUCAGAGGAGGAGAAAGCUACUCUUCAGAGAAGACUUGAGGAAUAUGAGGCAGUAUUACGUGACUCCCCGAAAGAUGCUAUUGCUCUUGAAGGAGCUGCGGUAACUUUGGCGGAACUAGGGGAUUAUGCAAGGGCUGCCUCUCUACUUGAUGACUUGACUAAGGAAAAACCGAAUGAUGCUGAUGUUUUUCGCUUGCUUGGAGAGGUUAAGUUUGAACUAAAAGAUUAUGAAGCCAGUGUUGCUGCAUAUAAAACUUCAGUGAUGAUAUCUAAAGAUAUUAAUUUUGAAGUUCUGCGAGGCCUUACUAAUUCGUUACUUGCUGCAAAAAAGCCAGAUGAGGCUGUACAAUUCCUGCUGGCCUGUCGUGAGCAGUUGAAUUCCAAAAGAACAAACGAUGAAGCUGACAGCAGCCCUAUGGAAUCAGAGAAGUUGGAUCCAUUUCAAGUUGAAUUACUUCUCGGGAAAGCCUACUCAGAUUGGGGCCAUGUCAGUGAUGCUGUAGCGGUUUAUGAUCAGCUUAUAUCUACUCACCCUGAUGAUUUCCGUGGAUACUUAGCUAAGGGAAUUAUCCUGAAAGAGAACAGCAACUUUGGAGAUGCUGAGAGGAUGUUUAUUCAAGCACGGUUCUUUGCACCGGAAAAUGCUAAACCACUUGUAGAUCGUUAUUCAAAACGAUAAAUCAGUUACUUGCUUGGACUGCCUGCUUAUUGAUGAAAUCAUAGAGCCUCCAGGGGUAUAGCUUUAUGAGGUAACACGGGGUUUUCUAUUUCCUCCUUCUAGAUUGUAAACAGUGUAUAUAUAUAUAUAUUCUCUGGAUGGAUCCCACAAUUAUUAAAAUCUUAGGAUAUGUAAUUAGUUCAUAACAUGAGACUGAAGGGUGAUUGGAUUUGGAAUAAAUUUUAAUUGAAUUAUCAUUCAUCAA